UCCAAAUUUGCUGCUUCCUGUUCCGCCCGCUUGUGAUUGCUUAGGGUUACUGUUGUAUAACCCUCGGUCUUGACAUGAUGGAAAAGGUCCGAUAUUCAUGUAAUUCGUUCACUUCAUCGCCAGAUAGUCAUACGCUUAUCCAUUUCAAACGUGCCGCAGGAUGUGCUGUGAGGACACCAGAUACCCGAAGAACUAUAGAAGUCCAAGGUCAAGACCAAACCGCCUUAUCGCCCGCCAAGUUUUUGAGUUAUCCCUGUUAAUGUGAAUAAACUUUUACAAAUCUAUAUAUUUAUGCCAUAAAAAUAAGCAGGAUACCGCACGCAGUUUCCCAAACUGAACGCCGUGAA